GGAGUUGUUUCCCUAGUUUCUAAAAUUUCUGUGAAUUUGAACAUGGGCUACACCAGAUUUAUUCUGGGAAGCUCUGAAUCUUCUAGGAGGGAAUGACUGAGAGGAAAGAGGGUGGAAAGGGAGGAGCCUCUGAUAAAACAGAACCUUUCUUUUUCACUUCCUCUUUCAGACUCCAAAAUUUGUUUGCCCUCUAGGGUAGAAUCCACCAAGCUUUGAGAGAAGGCUGUGACUGCUGUGCUCUGGGCGCCAGCUCGCUCCAGGAAGUGAUGGGAAUCCUGUCAUUCUUACCUGUCCUUGCCACUGAGAGUGACUGGGCUGGCUGCAAGUCCCCCCAGCCUUGGGGCCAUAUGCUUCUAUGGACAGCUGUGCUAUUCCUGGCUCCUGUUGCUGGGACACCUGCAGCUCCCCCAAAGGCUGUGCUGAAACUCGAGCCCCAGUGGAUCAACGUGCUCCAGGAGGACUCUGUGACUCUGACUUGCCGGGGGGCUCACAGCCCUGAGAGCGACUCCACUCAGUGGUUCCACAAUGGGAAUCUCAUCUCCACCUACACGCGGCCCAGCUACAGGUUCAAGGCCUACAACAAUGACAGUGGGGAGUACAGGUGCCAGACUGGCCCGACCAGCCUCAGUGACCCUGUUCAUCUGACUGUGUUUUCUGAGUGGCUGGUGCUCCAGACCCCUCACCUGGAGUUCCAGGAGGGAGAAACCAUUGUGCUGAGGUGCCACAGCUGGAAGGACAAGCCUCUGGUCAAGGUCACAUUCUUCCAGAAUGGAAAAUCCAAGAAAUUUUCCCGUUCGGAUCCCAACUUCUCCAUCCCACAAGCAAACCACAGUCACAGUGGUGAUUACCACUGCACAGGAAACAUAGGCUACGUGCUGUACUCAUCCAAGCCUGUGACCAUCACUGUCCAAGCGCCCAGCUCUUCACCGAUGGGGAUCAUUGUGGCUGUGGUCACUGUGACUGCUGUAGCAGCCAUUGUUGCUGCUGUAGUGGCCUUGAUCUACUGCAGGAAAAAGCGGAUUUCAGCCAAUCCCACUAAUCCUGACGAGGCUGACAAAGUUGGGGCUGAGAACACAAUCACCUAUUCACUUCUCAUGCACCCGGAUGCUCUGGAAGAGCCUGAUGACCAGAACCGUAUUUAGUCUCCAUUGUCUUGCCUUGGGAUUUGAGAAGAAAAUCAGAGAGGGAAGAUCUGGUAUUUCCUGGCCUAAAUUCCCCUUGGGGAGGAGAGGGAGCUGCUGCAGUUCCAAAAGAGAAGGUUUCUUCCAGAGUCAUCUACCUGAGUCCUGAACCUCCCUGUCCUGAAAGCCACAGACAAUAUGGUCCCAAAUGACCGACUGCACCUUCCGUGCUUCAGCUCUUCUUGACAUCAAGACUCUUUCAUUCUACAUCCACACAGCCAAUCCAAUUAAUCAAACCACUGUUAUUAAUAGAUCAUAGCAACUUAGGAAAUGCUUAUGUUACAGGUUACAUGAGAACAAUCAUGUAAAUCUAUAUGAUUUCAGAAAUGUUAAAAUAGACUAACCUCUACCAGCACACUAAAAGUGAUUGUUUCUGGGUGAUAAAAUUAUUGAUGAUUUUUAUUUUCUUUAUUUUUCUAUAAAGAUCAUAUAUUACUUUUGUAAUAAAAAAAUUAUGAAAACAA